UAUACCCUUUUCGUGUCUCCUCUGCAGGGGUAGAGAGAGAGAGAGAGAGAGAGAGAGAGAGAGAUAAAACAAACCAACCCCGGACGACGCUCCCGAACCAAGCGCUUCCCACUGAAGAUAACACAACGAACUAAUCACACCCCACGCCACCAUCCCCGUUCCCAUGAAGAAGGGCGUAGUCUCCAAAGCGGCGGCGGCGGCGGCGGCGGAGGACGAGGACGGGGGAGAGGAGUCGCCGUCGAGGACGGCGGCGGCGGCGGAGGAGGAGGAAGAGGAGGUGGCGGGGAGGCUGUACGAGGCGUACAACGAGCUGCAGGGGGUGGCGGGGGAGCUGGAGGCGAAGGUGGAGGCGCCGGCGGUGGUGGUGGUGGGGCACCAGACGGACGGGAAGAGCGCGCUGGUGGAGGCGCUGAUCGCCCUCCACAUGCGCUACGACCCCGCCGCCCACCUCCCCCGAUGCCGCCUCCUCUCCGACCCCGACCCCGACCCCGACCCCGACCGCGACCACGCCUGUCCCAUGUCCCUCCCCGACAUCCAGGCAUAUAUUGAAGCUGAAAACAUGCGGUUGGAGAGUGAUCCUUGCCAGUUCUCAGAGAAAGAAAUCAUAAUUAAAGUCGAGUACAAGUACUGCCCAAAUCUGACCAUUAUCGACACUCCAGGACUUAUCCUUCCAGCUCCCGGUCGAAAAAAUCGAGUUUUGCAGGGCCAAGCUCGCGCAGUGGAGGCACUAGUGCGAGCCAAAAUGCAGCAUAAGGAAUUCAUAAUACUGUGCCUUGAAGAUUGCAGUGAUUGGAGUAACGCAACUACGCGGAGAGUAGUGAUGCAAAUUGACCCUGAGCUAUCAAGGACUGUAAUAGUCUCCACAAAGCUCGAUACAAAAAUUCCACAAUUUGCCCGUGCCUCGGACGUGGAAGUUUUUCUUCGACCGCCCGCUUGUAUAUUAGAUGGUUGUUUAUUGGGCGAUUCACCCUUCUUUACGUCUGUGCCUUCUGGGAGAGUUGGCUCUGGACAUGAAGCUGUCUUUAGAUCAAAUGAAGAAUUCAAAAAAGCCAUUUCACUAAGGGAGUUGGAAGAUAUUGCAUCUCUGGAAGAAAAAUUGGGCAGGUCAUUGUCAAAAGAGGAGAGGAGUAGAAUUGGAGUGAGCAGCCUAAGGCUAUUUUUGGAAGAACUACUGCAAAAGAGGUACAUGGACAGUGUUCCACUAAUUAUUCCACUCCUUGAAAGGGAAUACCGAAGUGCAACAAGGAAGCUGCGUAUGGUCAAUCAAGAAAUCAGCAAUUUGGAUGAAGUGAAAUUGAAGGAGAAGGGACGUGCAUUUCAUGAUUCAUUUCUGACGAAGUUAUCUUUGUUAUUGAAAGGCUCGGUGGUGGCACCUCCUGACAAAUUCGGAGAAACAUUACAAGACGAACGAGUUAACGGGGGAACAUUCAACGGAACUGACAGCCUCCAACUUCCGCACAAAAUGAUGCCUAAUGCUGGAAUGCGUCUUUAUGGUGGUGCGCAAUAUCACCGCGCAAUGGCUGAAUUCCGUCUAGUGGUUGGAGGUGUUAAGUGUCCUCCAAUUAGCAGGGAGGAAAUUGUAAAUGCCUGUGGAGUUGAAGAUAUUCAUGAUGGGACCAACUACUCUAGGACUGCUUGUGUUAUUGCUGUGGCAAAAGCACGUGACACCUUUGAACCAUUUCUUCACCAGUUGGGCUGCAGGCUCUUGUAUAUAUUGAAGAGGUUACUUCCAAUCUCUGUAUAUCUACUUCAGAAAGAUGGCGAGCAUCUUAGCAGUCAUGAAGUAUUUCUAAGGCGUGUUGAGACCGCCUUUACCAAUUUUGCUGAAUCUACUGAAGGGUCAUGCCGUGAUAAAUGCAUGGAGGAUCUAGAAAGCACUACACGUUAUGUCACGUGGUCUCUUCACAACAAGAACCGAGCUGGAUUACGUCAAUUUCUCGAUUCAUUUGGGGGAACAGAACACUCUUCUUCUGCAGGAAAUACUGCCUAUUUAGGCGUCCAGAUGGAGUCACCUUGUGGAGCCACUGAGAAUAAGCAUGACAGGAUUAAAGCAGAUUCAAGAGUCAAUAAUUCCACACCUGUUGACUCCACUUCUCCUGUAUCAGAGACUAGGCUUGUUGAUCUGUUAGAUAGCACACUCUGGAAUAGAAGGCUCGCACCUUCAUCCGAAAGGCUAGUCUAUGCAUUGGUGCAUCAAAUUUUCCAUGGAAUUAAAGAGCAUUUUCUUGUCUCCACAGAACUUAAGUUUAAUUGCUUUCUCCUCAUGCCGGUUGUCGACAAGCUGCCAGCCUUAUUGAGGGAAGAUCUCGAGUCAGCACUCGAAGAUGAUUUAGAUAGCAUCUUCGACGUCACGCAGAUGCGCCAUAAGCUAGGGCAGCAGAAGCGGGAGUUAGAAAUCGAGUUAAAACGGAUUCAGCGGCUGAAGGAGAAGUUUAGAGAGAUAAAUGAGAAGCUGAAUUCUCAUCAAGUUCGACCUAAGAUAUUGUCAGCGGUGCCAAACUGCUGUUAAUGCCAAAACAUGCAAUUCAAAUUGAUCCUAAUGAUUUGCUUCUGUGCACCACGAACUGCGACCGUUGGAUCAUGAUAUUUACUUUCAUGCAGUCCGAGUACAGAAAAAUGACUCUGUUAUAUUAUUUGAACAGCACUUCUAUUGUAGGGGUUUUGGCUUAUUUAUGUAUCCUGACUACUAUUCAAAUUUUUUUAAAAAUUUAUCCUUCUAUACUCAAAA